AUGAUCGACACUGUCAAGCAACUGAGCGGCUACAUUGACGACAAUGCCAAUGACAAGCAUCUGUUCUUUUGGUUCUUCGAGUCUCGUAAUGAUCCCGCCAAGGACCCUGUCGUCCUUUGGCUCAAUGGCGGCCCUGGCUGCUCUUCCAUGAACGGUCUCUUCACCGAGCUUGGCCCUGCCACUAUCCCGAACCGUGACUUGAAGCCUGUGCGGAACAACUACUCUUGGAACAACAACGCCUCGGUCAUCUUCAUUGACCAGCCCGUCAACACGGGCUUUUCCUACAGCGGCUCCAAUGACGGCACCAGCGUUGCCGGCGCCAAGGACCUCUACGCCCUGCUGACCUUCUUCUUCAAGCAAUACCCGCAGUACGCCAAGCAGGACUUCCACAUCUCGGGUGAAUCCUACGCCGGCCAUUACAUCCCGGUGACUGCCAGUGAGAUUCUCUCUCACGCCAACCGCAAUAUCAACCUCAAGUCCAUUCUCGUUGGCAAUGGCUUAACUGAGCCUCUCACUCAGUACAAGUACUACCGCCCAAUGGCCUGUGGCGAAGGUGGCUACCCUGCGGUAUUGGGCCAGUCGGACUGCAGAUCCAUGGACAAUGCGCUGCCAGAAUGCCAGAAACGCAUCAAGGCCUGCUAUGACACCGAGAAUGACCGUACCUGCCAGAGCGCUACAAACUACUGUAACGGAAACGUUCUGGGUGUCUACGGCAGAUCUGGCCGAAACAACUAUGAUAUCCGAAAGAGGAACGGUGAGGGAACGCCCGACUAUGUCACCGAGUUCCUCACCAGCAACCGCACCACAAGCAUCAUUGGCGCCGAGCAUGAAUGGGAGCUGUGUGACGGCAGCGUCUACCAAGCCUUUGCCAACACUGGUGACUGGAUGAAGCCUAUUUGGCGCGUCGUUCCUGAUCUCCUUGCCAAGAUUCCUGUCCUCAUCUAUGCAGGUGAUGCCGACUACAUUUGCAACUGGCUGGGCAACCGCGCCUGGACAAAGGCUCUCGAGUGGCCUGGCAAGGCGGCCUUCAACAAGGCCCCUGAGCAGCCUCUGAAGCUUGGUGGCAGCGGCAAGGAAUAUGGUAAGGUCACCCACUCUGGAAACUUCAACUUUAUGCAGAUCUAUGCUGCUGGGCACAUGGUACCGGAAGACCAGCCUGUCUCCUCUCUCGACUUCUUCAACCGCUGGAUCGCCGGUGAGUGGAAGAACUAG